AUGCCUGAGAACCUCAAAAAGUCCGAGGUCGACUCUGACCCCAGCGUCCUCAAACAAUGGGACUACGACACGCCCAUGGACAAGCAGAUUGAAGACCUCUACAGUAUUAUGGAUGGCCAGAAAGUCUGCAUGCUUAACACCUAUCGACCCGGCACCGGCCCUGUCGGCCGCAGCAUGGGUAUUGCCAAACGCGAUGGUCCCGAUCUCUUGUUUCUUGCCAACAAGAACUCCCAGAAGUUCAAGGACAUCGAGUCCAGCAGCGGUGAGGUGCAGGUUUCUUUCCAGGACAUCAAGACCCAGGAUUGGGUUUCUGUUACCGGCAAAGCGAGCACCCACGGGAACGAUGAUCCGAGGGUGAAGGAGCUGUAUGGGCCGACGAUAGCGGCUUGGUUUGGGGAUCUGGGUGACGGGAAGCACAACGCCACCAAGGACGAUCCGAGAAUUUCGCUGAUCGAGGUCAAGUCGUCGUAUAUUGCGUAUUGGAAGACCACUGUGGGCACUAUGGGUUUCAUGAAGGAGGUUGUCGGUGGUGCUAUGACGGGUAAGGUUGCGCAAACAGGGCUGCUGAGGCAGCUGAAGCAGGAGGAUAUCGAGAAGGCCAGAAGCCAGAAAUGA